AUGGCAUCUAAAAUGUGCCUAUAUGAAGAUCUAAAUAUUGCCAAAAAACGAGAUCAUCAAAACUGUGGAAAAGCUCUUGUCUCAACAAUAUUGGAAGGCAAAGUGGCAAUAGUCACCGGUGGAGCACGCAACGUUGGAGAGAGCAUUGCUAGAAUAUUUGCCAAACAUGGUGCUAAAGUCGUUAUAGCAGAUGCCCUGGAUGAGUUGGCUCAGUCAGUGUGCCAAGACAUAAGUCCUGAAAUAGCUUCAUUUUUCCACUGUGAUGUAACUAACGAGCUGGACAUCAAAAAUGCCAUUGACACCACCAUUGCCAAGCACGGCAAGCUCGACGUAAUGAUCAACAAUGCAGCCAUCAUAGACGGACCAAAAAUAAGCAUACUCGACGUGGACAAGUCUGAAUUCGAGACUGUCAUCAGCGUUAACCUAACCCGUGUCUUCUUGGGCACCAAACACGCUGCUCGUGUGAUGAUCCCGGCCAGGAGGGGCAGCAUAGUGUCGAUUGGGAGUGUUGCUUGUAGUGUUGGCGGUGUUUCAACUCACGCUUUCGUGAGCUCAAAGCAUGCCGUGGUGGGACUCACUAAGAAUGUGGCUGCAGAGCUGGGACAGUUUGGCAUCCGAGUGAAUUGCUUGUCGCCUUACGUCAUUGUCACCGAGCAGAUGAAGAAGUUUAACAGGAUGGAGAAUGAAGGGGGCUCUGGUGUUUAUUCUAACCUUAAGGGGGUGACUCUUGGUAUGGAAGAUGUGGCUGAGGCUGCUGUUUUUUUGGCUAGUGAUGAGUCCAAGUAUGUGAGUGGGCAUAAUCUGGCACUAGAUGGAGGCUUUACCGUUAUAAAUCCGGCUUUUGGAUUGUUUUCAAGGCUAAUUAAUGUAUUUUCAAUCUAGUUUUGAGUUGGAUCAACGUUGAAUUAUGAACCCUUUUAGUUGAUUUUGUGGCUCUUGUACUUGUGCACUCUAAUCAAAUGAUGCAGAAUGAUGUUGGUCUCUCUUGGAGUUGUUUGUGUUUUCAAAGGCCUGUGAUAGUGUUUGUGUUUUUUUACUCAGUCGAGCCUCUCUUAGGCCGUGGACAAUGUGUUCUAGUCUAAUUAAGUUGUUUAAUAAAAUAUUAUAAAGAUGUGUAAAUAUAAGUUUUGAUUAGAUUGAAAUACUGACUUAUAUAUGGUCGUGUACAAUCUAAUAAUUUUUCAUCUA